UCCAACGCUCAGCCUAGCGGGCGGUAUUCCGGCAACUCUUGGCCCGCAUACCGAGAAUUUCCGCCAGCGCCAGCCACUCAUGUCUGCGAGGAGUGUGAAGCGAGCACAAGGUAUCUGCUGUUCUUGAUAUACGCAUAGUAUUUUGUUCGAGAUAUAAAGCCUACUCGAGCCCACGGCGUUUCCAUGAAACAUACCUUUCAAACCACCAUUCUCAGACAAUCUUAAGCCUUACGCAUCGGACAAAUUCCAACGCUUUCAUCCGUUUAUCACUAAACUCGAUCUUUUAAGCUUAUCAAAAUGGUUAAGGUCGCCAUUGCAGGAGCUUCUGGCAAGCUUGCUCUCGAGGUUAUCGACAGGUUGUCGAAAACUGAGAAGCAUGAAAUUCUUGGCUUAGUGCGAAGGGACCCUUCUUCAUUGCCUACAUUCCCAGGAGUAACAUGGAUCCAUACUUCUUAUGAAGAUAAGACAGCAUUGACAAGAAUUCUCACUGGUACUCAAACAGUGAUCUCUUUCAUUGUUGCCCAUGCGGACCCUGGCGCGGCGACGUCAAAGCGCUUGAUUGCCGCAUCGAUUGAGGCAGGAGUCAAGCGGUUCGCUCCGAGCGAAUGGGCAAUGGGCACCAAGUUGGACGAGGUGGUCGACUAUACACCCUGGUAUGCCAACAAGUUGGAGGUCAAGCGCUAUCUAGAGGAAGUCAACAAGGACAAAAAGGUCAUCGAGUACACUUUGUUCCAGCCUGGCGCAUUUAUGAACUUCCUAGCGUACCCUCAUCAGACCGCCAAACAUUACCGAGUCGACUACCCGGCACUUUUCGACUUCUCCAGAGGCUGUGGGUACAUUCUGGAAGGCUCUGAAACCUCAAAAAUUACCCUUACCACCAUUGAAGACAUUGCGGAAGUGACCGCCCGAGCGGUUGAGUUCGACGGGGAAUGGCCCAUAGUUGGGGGUAUCACCGGCCAAACAAUCACUAUCGGUGAGAUCUUGCAGUUGGGAGAGAAGAUUCGAGACAAACCCUUCGAGGUGGACAGAUUGAAACUCGAGGACCUUGAAGCCGGAAUUAUCAGGACAAACUUUGUCACACCGCUAGAUCUACCUGGCAUGUUACCGGAAGAACUUGCAAACUUCACAAAGAUGGUUGUAAUUGGAGCUACUGUAUCAAUGACAAAGGGGGCAUGGGCUGUAUCUGACGAGUGGAAUCAGCUGCUCCCUGACUUCAAGCCUAUCGGCAUAGAGGAGUACGUGAAAAGCGUCUGGGGGGACAAAUGACACUUUCAUGGGAUUUGGAAUACUUCAAGGUGAGGUUUUACUUUCAUUCAUGUGUCCAGAUGACAGAUGUUUUCACAUUGUUAUUUGUACGUCAAGCUCGAUAAGUUAGUCAAAUUUCCCAAUGCAAUCAUUACAUAUAGCAACGUCUCGAUGUUCAGCAUUGGCCCAGCGACUACCGCGAGUCUCUAGAGGUAUAUAUAGGCGC